GGGGCCUCCAGAGGCAGGCACGAUGGCCGCGCUGCAGGAGAAAAAGUCAUGCACCCAGCGGAUGGAGGAGUUCCGGCACUACUGCUGGAACCCGGACACGGGGCAGAUGCUGGGCCGGACGCUGUCCCGGUGGGUGUGGAUCAGCCUCUACUACGUGGCCUUCUAUGUGGUGAUGACCGGACUGUUCGCCCUGUGCAUCUACGUGCUCAUGUGCACCAUCGACCCCUACACGCCCGACUACCAAGACCAGCUCAAGUCACCAGGGGUGACCUUGAGGCCAGAUGUCUACGGGGAUAAGGGCCUGGACAUUGCCUACAAUGUCUCUGACAACAGGACCUGGGCAGGCCUGACGCACAGGCUCCAUGACUUCCUGGCAGGCUACUCGCCAGCCUCCCAGCAGGACAACAUCAACUGCACUUCCCACAAGUACUUCUUCCAGGAAGGCUUCAGGGCCCCCAACCACACCAAGUUCUCCUGCAAGUUCACGGCGGACAUGCUGCAGAACUGCUCGGGCCUGGUGGACCCCAACUUCGGCUUUGCAGAAGGAAAGCCAUGUUUUAUUAUCAAAAUGAACAGGAUCGUCAAGUUCCUCCCCAGCAACAGCACGGCCCCCAGGGUGGACUGCGCCUUCCUGGACCAGCACCACAGGGACAGCCGGCCUCUGCAGGUGGAGUACUACCCGCCCAACGGCACUUUCAGCCUGCACUACUUCCCCUACUAUGGCAAGAAAGCCCAGCCCCACUACAGCAACCCUCUGGUGGCUGCCAAGUUCCUCAACGUCCCCAGGAACACGGAAGUCGUCAUCGUGUGCAAGAUCCUGGCAGAGCACGUGACCUUCGACAACCCCCAUGACCCCUAUGAAGGGAAAGUAGAGUUCAAGCUCACAAUUCAGAAGUAAAGCAGCAAGGAGGCACCUCGAAGACCACCCCCAGGUCCUCCCAGGCCAGCUUCCCAACGCUCUGACCACCACACUGCGGUCAGCUCGCUAAUCCCACGGGCACCCGCACGUGCAGCGCGUGGCGUUAGAACCAACUGUUUCUUAUUAAAUCUUUAUGUUUUUCAGAUGGGAUUUGUAGCUUUGAUAAAAAUGUUG